AUGGAUUUGACGCCCGUCAGGAUCAGGGGAAAGAGGAAGAGACCUGGAGCCGCGAAAUCAAAUCUGCAAAAGGCACUGGAGGCUUCGUCAUCGCAGAGCAAACGGCUUCGACCAGCCCAAAAGCCCGUCAGAUCGAAGAAGAACGCAGAUACAGCUAUGCCGACCCUGCAGGAUCUGCCACAGGAGCUGCUGGAGAUGGUUUUUCUGUACAGCAUGAACAUUUCUCUCCCUCGUGCUUCGCCCAUACUAGGCCGCAAAUUGUCAUCGAAAGCCGUCGUCGUGGAGUUUGUCCUACAGUCUUUUUAUCACACCGUGGAUCACAAAAGCAACUACCGAGACCGCGAGGUGACCAGCGAUCCUGUGAUUCAAUCACAACUUCUGGCGUGUCGAUUCUUUACCUGGGAGUUUUUCCGCGCAUAUGUGGCGAAGGCACAUAGCUCAUACAUUCAGCAAAGAGGUAACAUAUGGAAAGACGCCAGUGCCCAACCACUUGGCGUGGAAGCCUUUGACGGACUCUGGCCUUUUAAAUUCAUGAAGGUCACGUAUCUUGGUUUUGCGGAAGGUUUCCAUAUCCCGGAUAAAGUGCUCCGUGGACCUUGGACCACCGACAAGGUGUCACUUCUUUAUGUGCUAGUGUCUGUGAAUGGAGAGAUCGACUGGGAAGGGAGCAUGGCCGGUGAGAUCGCAAAAGCCGGCCUUGUACAGGCUAUCAGAGAAAACAAUGAGCGAGCGGUGGCUGCUUUAGCGGUGCUAUUGGGCGUCGCACAAAUGAUCAGUACGAGUCUUAUCCGACAGGCGGUCAUAGAGUGCGGGUGCAACCUCAACAUUGUGCGGCAACUUUUGUUUAACGCUCAAAUACUGCAUCAGAAUUUGCCGAAAGAAUCUCUCGAUUUCUAUGAUUCGGCACUGUGGCGAUGGGCGGAUGCACACGAGGGGAAGGGAGUGCUGCUGAAGGAUCUGCUCCGCAAAGCCGACAAAUUUUCGCUGGAAUUCUAUCUGGAAGGUGAGGAGGGUACUCAAGCAAAGAUUGUGCCGUUUCCAUAUGGUGGAGCCAAGUUCGACCCUCGAAACCAACUCAACAAUGUCGGACGAUUGAAGAAGAGAGAGAUGCAAGAAAUGCAGGCAUACCUCUACGAGCUACAGAGCCUGUCGCGCUACGACGUCAAUACCAGUAAAGUAGCAGGACAGAACGAGAACGCUGCAUACACGUCGCGAUGA